AUGCCUGAAGCCAAUUAUCUCCUGUCAGUAUCAUGGGGGUACAUGAAGUUCAAGAGGAUGCUGAACCGCGAGCUCACGCACCUCUCCGAGAUGAGCCGCUCGGGGAACCAGGUCUCCGAGUUCAUCUCCAGCACUUUCUUAGACAAACAGCACGAGGUGGAGAUGCCGUGUCCUCAGGCCCAAAAGGACAAAGAGAAGAACAAGCCCAUGUCCCAGAUCAGCGGCGUCAAGAAGCUCCAACACUCGUCCAGUUUGACCAACUCCAACAUCCCACGCUUCGGAGUCAAGACCGAGACAGAGGACACUCUGGCAAAGGAGCUGGAACACGUAAAUAAAUGGGGCCUUAAUGUUUUUAAAAUCUCUGAGUUUUCUGAUAAUCGACCGCUGACAGUGAUGAUGUACACCAUAUUCCAGGAGCGAGACCUUCUGAAGACCUUCAAGAUCCCCCUGGACACUUUUAUAACUUACCUGAUGACGUUAGAAGACCACUACCACGCCGAUGUGGCCUAUCACAACAACAUCCACGCCGCUGACGUCACGCAAUCCACACACGUGCUGCUGUCCACCCCCGCCCUGGAGGCUGUGUUCACCGACUUGGAGAUCUUAGCUGCCAUUUUUGCCAGUGCGAUCCACGAUGUUGACCAUCCAGGAGUCUCCAACCAGUUUCUCAUCAGCACGAACUCUGAGCUGGCUCUCAUGUAUAACGACUCCUCCGUGUUGGAGAACCACCACUUGGCCGUGGGCUUCAAACUGCUGCAGGAGGAGAACUGUGACAUCUUCCAAAACCUGACCAAAAAACAGAGACAAUCACUGCGAAAGAUGGUCAUCGACAUCGUGUUGGCCACAGACAUGUCCAAGCACAUGAACCUUCUGGCCGAUCUGAAGACCAUGGUGGAGACGAAGAAGGUCACGAGCUCCGGAGUGCUGCUGCUGGACAACUACUCUGACAGGAUACAGGUCCUCCAGAACAUGGUGCACUGUGCAGACCUCAGUAACCCCACCAAACCGCUGCAGCUGUACCGACAGUGGACGGACCGCAUCAUGGAGGAGUUCUUCAGCCAGGGCGACCGCGAGAGGGAGCGGGGGAUGGAGAUCAGCCCCAUGUGUGACAAGCACAACGCCUCCGUGGAGAAAAGCCAGGUGGGCUUCAUAGACUACAUCGUGCACCCUCUGUGGGAGACCUGGGCAGACCUGGUCCACCCGGAUGCACAGGACAUCCUGGACACUCUGGAGGACAACCGUGAGUGGUACCAGAGCACCAUCCCACAGAGCCCUUCCCCCGCGCUGGACGACCCGGCCGACGGCAGGCCCCCCGGAGGAGACAAGUUCCAGUUCGAGCUCACGCUGGAGGAAGACAACGAGAGCGACACGGAGAAGGACAGCGGCAGCCCCAACGAGGAGGAGGAGGACGAAGAGGAGGAGGAGGAGGACGACGAGGAGGAGGAGGAGGACUCAAAAACACUUUGCACGCAGGACUCAGAAUGCACAGAGAUACUGGACGAACAAGUGAGGGAGGAGGAGGAGGAGGAGACUCUGUGCGUACCGGAGGUAGACGAAGAGGAGGAGGAGGAGGAGGUGCCGUCGUCUCCUUCUCGCGUCCCGCUGGAGGAGAAUGAGGAGGAGGUGCACAGGACAGCUGAUACAUAG